AUGAAAAAUAACGUACAGGAAGAGGAAAAGAAGAAAACAGGUUUUUGCAAAAAAUGCUGCAGCAAAAUGUACAGAGGACUUAAAGGUCCAAGCGUAGCGCACAGUGUCCUAUUCGGAGUAUUUGGAGGCUUGUUUUAUUAUGGAUGUUAUUACUUUUAUAGAUAUUUAAAAAUCACCUACUUCGACACAUUACAUGUGUCAAAUGAAAGUAGAAGAAGAUUUAUGGAGAAGCAAAUGUUAUUUUACAAUGAUGAGGGUUAUAAUUUGUCUAUGAAAUAUAUUGGAAACUUAUGCAAAUACUAUGAUCCAGUUGCAUUAAGGCUACCUUUUCAACCUCUGGAUGAUAAAUAUAGGCUCUAA